CAAUAAUACAGCGAUAAUGGCGAUGGAUUCCGAUUCUGGACCUGGAGUGGCAGCUCUGCAAGCAUGGGGCGGCCAGGGUGCGGGCAUGGGCUCCGGCAACCAGACCGUCGUGGACAAAGUAUCAGCUGACAUGCUCCACAUGAUCGACCCUCAUUGGUACCAGUUUCCACCAAUGAACCCGCUCUGGCACGCUCUCCUGGGAUUUACCAUCGGAGUUCUCGGAUUCAUCUCCAUUGCUGGUAACGGCAUGGUUAUAUACAUAUUCUCGUCCACGAAGAGCCUGAAAACACCAUCGAACUUGCUGGUUGUAAACCUUGCUUUCUCGGAUUUCCUCAUGAUGUGCGCUAUGGCUCCAGCUAUGGUUAUAAAUUGCUAUAAUGAAACAUGGGUAUUUGGACCGUUUGCUUGUGAACUAUAUGCUUGCGCAGGCUCUCUGUUUGGAUGUGCUUCUAUCUGGACCAUGACAAUGAUUGCAUUCGACCGUUACAACGUCAUCGUGAAAGGUAUAGCUGCUAAGCCUAUGACUAAAACUGGAGCCCUUCAGCGCAUACUUGGAAUCUGGCUCUUCUCUCUUGCGUGGACUCUGGCACCUUUCUUCGGCUGGAACCGUUAUGUACCUGAAGGAAACAUGACUGCCUGUGGAACUGACUACCUGUCCAAGGAUUGGUUUAGCCGAAGCUACAUCGUGGUGUACUCAAUCUUUGUGUAUUUCAUGCCACUGUUCCUGAUCAUCUACUCAUACUACUUCAUCGUCCAGGCCGUAUCUGCUCACGAAAAGGCGAUGAGGGACCAGGCUAAGAAAAUGAACGUCGCUUCACUUAGGUCCUCUGAGGCUGCUAACACCAGCGCUGAGUGCAAAUUGGCGAAGGUUGCGCUGAUGACCAUUUCUCUGUGGUUCAUGGCGUGGACUCCUUACCUCAUCAUCAACUACACCGGAAUCCUGGAGAGCGCGCCCAUCAGCCCUCUGGCAACGAUCUGGGGCUCUCUGUUUGCUAAGGCUAACGCCGUGUAUAACCCUAUUGUGUAUGGUAUCAGCCACCCUAAGUACCGCGCCGUGCUGUACCAGAAGUUCCCAGCUCUGUCCUGCCAGGUGUCACCUGAGGACGGCGGCUCCAUCGCUACGGGCGCCACCGUAGUCUCUGAUGAGAAGCCUGCCGCGUGAAGCUCAGGCUGCGGCAGCGACAACCCCUCGCCUCAGGCUCGCUUCCCGCCGCAAAUACGA